AUGGCAGAUCCUAUCAUGAUCUGUGCAGUUCUGCAGCCUGUGUGUGGCUUCAUCAAUAACACGGGGGUACCAGCAGCCACUGCAAGACAUUUCUCUUCUUUCAUUUGCAUCAAGCGCAACCGGAAAGCCCUUACAAAGGCCAUUGAAGACCUGCAAGCUGUUGAUAAGGUGGUUCAAGAACAAGUUAGCCUCGAAACCAACCAGCUCAACAAGUGCCAUCCUCUAGUUAAAUUAUGGCUGAGAAGGGUUGAUGAGGUCCCCAUCCAAGUUGAUGAUAUCAACCAAGAGUGUGAUCAACUCAUGCAAUACUCUUGCUUCUGCAGUUCUUCUCUAAGCCUCGGCAAACGUUAUCGCCUUGGCAAGCGUAUUCUCAAUGUUCUGGAGGACCUUGCAGGGUUAAUCGAGGAAGGGAACCAAUUUAAGGUAUUUGGAUACAAGCCUUUGCCAGACUUGGUCGAGGAGCGACCACGGAUACAAGCCUUUGGCCUGAACCCUGUGCUGAAGGAUCUCCGGAAAUUUUUCAACAACAGCAACCUGGGCAUCAUUGGAGUUUGGGGCCCAGGAGGGGUUGGCAAGACAACACUCCUCAACACCUUCAACAAUGAACUCAAGGAAUGUGGCAGCGACUACCAGGUGGUAAUCAUGAUUGAGGUGUCCAACUCUGGAAUUCUAAAUAUAGCAGCCAUCCAGCGUAUGAUCACAGACCGCCUUGGCUUGCCUUGGAAUGAUAGAGAGGCAGAGCAAACUCGUGCCAGGUUCUUGGCAAAAGCUCUGGGCAGAAAGAAAUUUAUAAUUUUGUUGGAUGAUGUCAGGAGCAAAUUCCAAUUAGAAGAUGUUGGGAUUCCUGUCCCAGACUCUGGGAGCAAAAGCAAGUUGAUUCUUAGUUCGCGUUACGAGGAUGUUUGCUAUCAAAUGGGAGCACACCAGAGUUUGAUCAAAAUGGAGUACCUAGAGAAGGAGUCUGCAUGGGACCUGUUCCAAAGCAAUUUGAGCACUCAUGCUAUCGCAGCCAUUGAGGCACCGGGCCCAAAUAAUGUCGUAAGGCAGCAUGCUGAAGCAAUUGUCCAGAGCUGUGGUGGUCUGCCACUUGCACUCAAGGUAAUAGGGAGGGCCGUGGCAGGACUAAAAGAACCCAGGGAUUGGAGCUUGGUGGUGCAAGCGACUAAAGAUGACAUAAAGGACUUGCAUGGAGUCCCAGAAAUGUUCCAUAAACUGAAAUACAGUUAUGAAAAGUUGACAGAAAAACAGCGGCAGUGUUUCCUGUACUGCACCCUUUUCCCAGAAUAUGGCUCAAUCAGCAAAGAUAAGCUUGUCGAGUAUUGGAUGGCAGAUGGGUUGACAUCUCAGGACCCCAAGCAAGGCCACCACAUAAUCCGUAGCUUGGUGUCAGCAUGCUUGUUGGAGGAUUGCAAACCAGACUCCUCGGAGGUAAAAAUGCACCACAUAAUUCGUCAUCUGGGACUUUCCCUUGCAGAGAUGGAAAAUUUUAUUGCCAAGGCUGGAAUGAGUUUGGAAAAGGCACCAUCUCACAGAGAGUGGCGAACAGCUAAAAGGAUGUCCCUCAUGUUUAAUGAUAUAAGGGACCUUAGUUUCUCACCUGACUGCAAGAAUCUUGAAACUUUGCUAGUUCAACAUAAUCCUAAUUUGGACAGGCUCAGCCCAACAUUCUUCAAACUCAUGCCUUCUUUAAGGGUCCUUGAUCUUUCACACACCAGCAUCACAACUCUUCCAUUCUGUACAACAUUGGCAAGGCUUAAGUAUCUCAAUUUGUCCCACACAUGCAUUGAGAGGCUUCCUGAAGAGUUUUGGGUGCUCAAAGAACUAACUAAUCUAGAUUUAAGUGUUACCAAGUCCCUUAAAGAGACAUUUGAUAAUUGUUCCAAGCUACACAAGCUAAGGGUGUUAAACCUCUUCCGAAGCAACUACGGGGUUCAUGAUGUCAAUGAUCUGAACAUUGAUUCCUUGAAGGAACUCGAGUUCCUUGGGAUCACAAUUUAUGCCGAGGAUGUGUUAAAGAAGUUGACCAAGACACACCCUCUAGCUAAGUCGACACAGCGCCUUAGCCUCAAACACUGCAAACAAAUGCAGUCAAUCCAAACGUCAGACUUCACACAUAUGGUGCAACUUGGAGAGCUUUAUGUUGAAUCAUGUCCUGACUUGAACCAACUUAUCGCCGACUCUGACAAGCAAAGAGCUUCUUGCCUGCAAACACUCACCCUUGCUGAACUUCCUGCCCUCCAAACAAUCCUCAUUGGAUCUUCACCUCAUCACUUUUGGAACCUACUAGAAAUUACAAUCUCCCACUGCCAAAAGUUGCACGAUGUUACCUGGGUUCUGAAGCUGGAAGCACUUGAGAAGCUUUCUAUCUAUCACUGCCAUGAAUUAGAGCAAGUUGUGCAAGAAGCAGUCGACGAGGUGGAAAACAAGACUUUUGGGGUUGAACAGGGUAGCAUUUUGAAAUGCAGGAGAAAAAAUGGUUUCUCUGAAGAACAGGAGAUACAUGGUAUGGUAGAUGACUCAUGGAAUGAAUAUGCCAAAGGUUGCCAGAACAUGACCAAGAGUGGGCGGAUCAAUGGAAAAGGGCAGCAUGUAGGCUUCACAAGACUGAGAUCCCUUGUGCUGACUGGCCUAAAAAAGCUUACAAAGAUAUGCAUCCCAAUGGAUUUCCCUUGUCUUGAAAGUAUUAGGGUCGAGGGUUGCCCAAAUCUGAGAACAAUUCCAUUGGGUCAAACAUAUGGCUGCCAGAGACUAAAUAGGAUUUGUGGAUCGUACGACUGGUGGGAAAAGUUAGAGUGGGGUAGCAAGGACAUAAUGGAGAACAAGUAUUUCAUUCCCAUCCAAGAUGAAGACUAGCACAAGCAUGGAACUAUUUAAAGUACAUUCUCACCGCAACAUGAUGGUACAACACAAAUUACUGAUAUAUUUAUGUUUAUUUAUGAUGUACAGUAGAUACCAAUCUAUGAAUAUGUAUUAAUUGCAUUCAUAUUUUCAGAUUCAUAAAUAAGUGGCUAUUGUAUAAGCCUGUUUGUAGUCUGUACAUAACCAAAACUGUAUAAAGUGUAUAUGCUGUGUU